AUGACGUUACGGGUCGAAGUGCCCGGCGAAAAGGUGGUGACUGUGGAACCAUGCAAGUGCAGUAAGCAAUACGGUGCCGAAACCAAAACCGAAACUAGACUGAGCAAAAGUUUAAAACAAUACAUUAAAAAGUUAUGGGCGUUCAGGGCUAAAAUAACAGUGGAACCGUUCGUUAUAUGUUAUGUGUUGCCUAGUGUUCUCGCAGGGUUGGCCGUCCAGAACCUAUGCUUCGAGAAAGCAUGUCUCGUCAACUUGCAGUACGACAACCAGACCUGCCGGCACAUCAUACAGGGCCGCACGCACAACUACACCGAAGAAGAAAAAAAUGUACAACGAAUGGUCACCAAGAUGACCAGCUGGAGCUUCCCGCUUCAGACAGCGUUACCCGGUAUAUUGGCACUCUUCAUAGGAGCUUGGAGCGAUAGAACAGGCAGCCGAAAGACGUUCAUGGUCAUCCCAAUACUCGGGAAACUGAUUUCGGCUAUCGGCAUUGUUUUGAGUACUGUCUUCUUCUUCAAAGUAGGAAUGAAUGAGACUGCGGUUUUGGAAGGUCUGCCGCCAGCGUUGGCUGGUGGACGAGUGGCUAUGACCAUGGCUGUGUACAGCUACAUCACUGAUAUCACAAGUGAAUCUGAGAGGACUUUUCGAAUAGGCAUCAUAACUGCUAUACUGACGCUGAGUAGGCCCGUAGGUCUCGCGCUAAGUGGUAUUAUGACAAGUCAAAUAGGUUACUACGGCGUGUUUAUGGUCGCGUGUUUGUUCUAUUUGUUCGGUUUUGUCUAUAUACUGCUGCGUUUGAAGGAAAAGAAGAAGAAAGAAUUGGAUAAGAAGCAGCAGAGUAUACUGUCGGUGUUCUCGAUACAAGAUCUGAUGGCGACGUUGGCAGUGGCAUUUAGGACUAGAAGUGGAUCGCGAAGACUUCAGAUCAUACUGAUUAUGUUUGCUCAUAUGCUCAUCGUUGGACCGGUAUUAGGUGAGGCGCAGAUGACCAACUGGUUCACACGAUACAAGUUCAAAUUCACCGAAGUCGACUACAGUCUGUUUCUGACGUACUCCGUCCUUGUUGGUAUUGUUGGUUCCUUCAUAACAAUAUACUUGUUCAGCAAAAAAUGGUGCGUGGAAGACAGCAUCAUUGGCGUGGUGGCGUGUGUGAGCAGGAUAGCUGCCAGCAUCCUGUACGCACUAGCUCCCAAUCGGACCAUCUACUUCAUUGGGCCAGUGUUGGACAUGUUCAGUUCUGCUGGUGCCACGUCUCUUCGCUCGAUCGCGUCCAAGCUGGUCAAUCCGGAUGAAGUGGGCAAGACGAGCUCUCUAAUCAGCAUAUCAGAAGCGUUGGUGCCGGUCAUCUACUCCCCAGUAUAUAGUUUUGUGUACGACCGCACCCUUACGACGUUUUCGGGCGCUUUUUACUUGAUCAGCGCUGGAUUAGCCGUCCCUGCCAUAGGUAUAUUAAUAUUGUUGUUCUACCUCCGUUCAAGAGAGGCAAAUGAAAAUAACCCAACGUCAGACACCAAGCCGAAAGAGAAUGAGAUCACUCGAUUUUGACAUUCGCUACAAAAUUAAUUUAUUUUUAAGUUUUAUUGUUACUCAUAAAAUUAUUCGAAAAAUCUCAAUAAAAUUAAGGUUUGUAUUGAAUCGUAUUUUUAAUUACAAGCUCUUUAUUUAUUGUAGAUAUUUUCUUGACUAUAGCAUUUGAGUCAUGUUUAGUCAGGCAAGCUAAAAUAUUAUAUUAAAUUUAAUGAGAUUAAA